AUGAGCAACGCACUGCGCCUGGUGCGCAACGGCCCUUCGCGGACGGCGAGCUCUUCGUCGCAGUGGGCUUGCUUUUUCUGCCAGCAUGCGCGGCCACAGAGCAGCCGGCCCGGCUUUGCAGACUUUCGGCGCAAAUUCUCAAACUCACGGCCGCGGCGAGAACAGCAGAUGCAGCACCAGCCGCGGCAGAAUGUCACGUAUGCGCCGUCUAUGGACAAGGUGCGGGAGCAGUAUGGCCAGAGGAACAAGACAAUAGCCUUCUAUACCCUCAGCGUGAUCAUGGGCACACUUGCUCUGGCAUAUGGCUCGGUGCCUUUCUAUAAAAUGAUUUGCCAAACCACCGGUUGGGGUGGCCAGCCCGUCCGAGCCCACGGCGUGUCCGGCGAAGAGAACCAGGACAUCUCCAGUCGUCUCGUUCCCGUCACCUCUGCGAACCGAAUCAAAGUCACGUUCAACGCGGCCGUGUCCGAUAUCCUGCCCUGGAAGUUUGUCCCCCAGCAGCGAGAGGUCCGAGUGCUUCCCGGAGAGACCGCCCUGGCGUUCUAUAAGGCGACCAACCUGGGCGACCAAGACAUCAUUGGCGUGGCGACCUAUAGCGUGACGCCUGCCCAGUGUGCGCCAUACUUUAGCAAGAUUCAGUGCUUCUGUUUUGAGGAGCAGAGAUUAAAUGCUGGCGAGACAGUGGACAUGCCUGUGUUCUUUUACUUGGACCCUGAUCUGUUGAACGAUAUCAACAUGAAGGGCGUUGAGACUCCCUCUUUCCAGAAACGGCAGCAAGAACUAGGGCAGCAACAGUCACGUGCCAACCCACCGCUCGCCAAAAAAUUUCGCCCACAGCGGCCGCCAGACGACGACAAUUUCCUAGCUGGACGACUUUUCACUCUCUUUUCUUCCUCUCCUCAUCACCCAACGCUCAACCGACAAAAACAGGAUCUCCUCGUCGUCCAAAACUCAACCGUCAAGAUGGUCAAGGUUAACAAGAACAUUUCCUCCUCCAGGAGCAAGAGCCGUGCCGCUCACUUCAAGGCCGGCUCCGGCCAGCGCCGUGUCAUCAUGAGCGCUCCCCUUAGCAAGGAGCUGCGCGAGAAGUACAACGUCCGCAGCAUCCCCAUCCGCAAGGACGACGAGGUCACCAUUGUCCGUGGCUCCAACAAGGGCCGCGAGGGCAAGGUCACCUCCGUCUACCGUCUCAAGUACGUGAUCCACGUCGAGCGUGUCACCCGCGACAAGGCCAGCGGCCAGAGCGUUCCCCUGGGCAUCCACCCCUCCAACGUCGUCAUCACCAAGCUCAAGCUUGACAAGGACCGUGAGAGCAUCCUGUCCCGCUCCAAGGUCGGCCGUGAGCUCCGUGUCCCCAACAAGAUCUCUGCUUAA